UUAUAACAUUUAACACACCCUUUGCAGCGUAUUAGAAAAUUUCCAUUUGCACUGGUAUCAGUUUAACACCAUAUACCCGUUUCCGUGUUUCUUAAAUUGCAUUUUCGGUGUUUAAGUGCCUUCUUUCAUUUCCGCUUACACAGGGUGCUAAAAAUAACAUCACAACAAAGGGACACGCCUAUGGAGUGGACAGAGAAUAAACUGAAAUGGAAUUCCUUCUUAAGCCCUCUUCGAUCUCCUCGCAAAGUGACAUGGGGUGGUUCAAGCAGAAUGCAAAUCAAGAAGAAGUUACCUGGAACGCAAUAUUUAUCUCAAACAUUUGCCAAUAGAUUACUUGAAAAUACCGAGAAGCCGAUACCUGUCAAAGGAAGGUCGGAGGAACUAAGAAAAGUUACCAAAAAUUUUCAACAAAAUGAAGUCCUCAAACUUUAUGACAAGGCUGGAAGUGGAACAUCGUUUCCAAAAGGGCAAUUAUCUAGCAUCCAUUCUCAAGAUUCAAGAGGUGCUUCCCUUGAUGGCACGGAUUCAGGUUCUUUGUCAAAAAGACCUAAUGCAGUCAAAAAAGGAGACACUGAUAAUCAAGACCAGCAGAGAACACUUUCAACAGGUGCGAGCAUAUUUUCUCCGACAGGUCAAAUCAAUAUCGAAUUGCUUGAUAAUUCCAUAGAAAAUCCUAUAGCCAUUAGCGAUGACGAGUCAAUUGAAGAGAACAUAGAUGAGACAUUUUCUCCACCAAAGAAAAGAAAGCAAGACAAUGUUAUUGCAUUGGAUAUAACAGAGCUUAGCCCCAGAAAACAUAUUGAUACUGAAAAACAUGAUUUGUGCAGCGUCCCAGCAAUAAAAGAUGUUGACUUAGACCUUAAGAAUGAGACUCAAGGGAGAGCGCAAGAUUCCGGAGUUAGUAUAGAAACAAAGAAAAUAAGCGGUGACCUUGAACAAGAACGAUUUGUACUGGAAACCGGAAAACCUGGUUCUCAAAGAAAAUGGGAGGAGAAGAAUAAUAAAUUCAAGAAGGAUAGUUGGGAAAGUUUAUCUGGAAAAGUUUACAAUGAAGAAGUUAUAAGCACUGGAUUUAACAAAAAUGAAAGUUUAAAUCUCAAAACUGAUAAUGUAUUACUAGGAAAUGGCAUCUCAAAUAUGAAAUCCACCAGCAAUGCAAACGGUGAAAUCAAGAGAUCACCAAUUGUUUUCCCUCAACAACAUCUGUCCUCGCCUGAUCAGGAAUCGGAUGAAAUCGACAUAUUGGCAGACAUAAAUCCACAGCAUCUGGCUUCCCUUGAAAAGGAGCAUUCAAUUGAAAGGCCACGAAUAAGAGCUGAACGUACACCGAAUAAAAAGGACGACAUCGACAAACCUUGUUCUCAAUGGAAUUUAGACUUAUUUUCUCGCUACUUCGAUUUUGAAAGCUCUGUGGAAGAGUUGGAUUUACAACAAAAUCUUUGUGAAAAUGAAUUACAAGUAGAUCAGAUGAUUUCCGAGUUUAAACGUAGAAUUCAUAUAGCAUCAUCAACAGUUAAAUUUUUCGGACAUGAAAAAGAAGAAACGCUAACUUGUAACUUUGAGUCUCUGUGUAGGACAGAAGUGGGAACAAGGCUUAUAUUAAAUGAAAUUUUCUUUCCACUCUGUUCAUGUUUAAACCUUUCUGUUGAAAUUGAAAGAAAUGUGGAUUGUUCUUAUCUCCCCAAUUGCAAAUUUGAUUAUAGAAUCGUCAACAGUAAUGGAGAAGUUAUUGGAGCAGUCGAAGCCAAAAGCUCUAGAUCUCUCAAGCCAGAUUCUGUAGUUCAAGCUGUCCUAGAACUCUGCAUACUUCAGACAGAGCGCCUGACGAGGAAAACGAACAACAAAAACAUGCCUCUUUUUAACAUCUUGACAGACGGUGUGCGAUAUGUCUUCAUCGUUCUUCAAGGUGACAAAUUACAGUUUGAACAAAGAUUUAACAAAAUUCGUGUUAGGGAAAUGACCACCUGGGAUAGUGUGAAGAACCUUUACAAGUCCUUACUGCAUCUUAUGCGCUUACAGGAACAUGUAGUUAUUGAUAAAAAAAGAAUAUUGAUUGACUCCAGGCGGUGUUACCAGUGUCAUGAAGUGAACAACCCCGCAGACUGUACGACGUCCGUAAACUGCGGAGUUGGAAAGGAAUGCAUUGUGUCAGAGACAAUCGGGGAUGAUUUCACCUACCAUUUUAAUGUUGGCUGCGUCGAAAAGUCGGUUUGUACUUCCGGUUCUGAUCUGCCCCAUCCAUCGAGUGGGCCAGACAUUGUGGGUAAAAGAACAGUCAUGAAACGCAACCUAGAGUUCGCUUGCUGCGAUUCAGAUUUGUGUAACAACAAAAUGCCAUCAGAAUUUCAACCUACAUCUUGUCCAUCUGGGACCCAUGAAUUCAGAGAUGGAUUAGUCCACCUGUGCUACUUUAUACUCAAACAAGACAGGAAUGCUGAUGAUGGCGCACGGGCAUGCGCAACUCAAUUCAAAGGAGGAAAGUUGGCUUACAUUCCUUCAGAUGCGGCAGAUAACUUUAUCAAGUUAACACUCAAGGGAGAUUUUUCUGGUGACCAUUCUGGUGCAUUUAUAGGCGUCUUUGAUAAACAGCAGGAAUUAUCUUUCGUGGAUACAGACGGAGCACCACAGAAAUUUUUUGACUGGAGACACGGACAGCCAAAUGACCCUAAUGUCAAUGACCCGCAUCGGGAACCUGCGCAGGACUGUGUGCGCAUGUUUCCUAUCGACGGAGAGCAUUUCAGUUGGCAGGAUAAACCUUGCGAACAGUUAGCAUGGACUCUGUGUUCUAUUAAUAUUCACAAAUAAAAUGUUCAUCAGUUCUUUUUUGUACAGUCGUUA